AUGUCGGAGGUUGCAAGCGAUGGGUCCGGUGAAGUCCCAGAGGUCCUGGACUUUGCAGAUUGGGCUUUCGGGCCCACCGGCCUACCCAGACUUGAGGUCAUGGCGUUCGGGGACUUUACUCACGAAGGUCGGCAUUGGAAACAGAGUUUUGUGGUGCGUCGGAGACCCUCAGGGCCAUCGUCAUUAUAUAAUUCAAGGCCGAUUUCUGGUCCCGGUGGACGCGAUAGCUGGUUUAUUUGCAUUGGCGACGUAAACGAGCCGUCUUUCUGGAGCGAUGUCGGUUAUGAUGGCAGUCUCUUUCUUUCAGCUUGUCCAGAUGGUGAUCUGAUGGAAUCCCCUGACGAAUGGUGA